GCGGAGCACGGCAGGCCAGGCCGGGAAGUGAUGGCGGCUGAUGGAGACUGGCAGGAUUUCUAUGAGUUCCAGGAGCCGGCCCGGGGCCGCCUGGACCAGGAGAACCGUAACGCCGGGGCCAGGGCGCUUGACGACGAGGGAGGCGUCGGCUUCUCGGCGCUGGCGUGCGGCCUGGAGGAGAAGCUGAGCCUGUGUUUCCGCCCCUCCAGUCCGGACGCGGAGUCUCCGAGGGUGGCGGUGAGGCCAAUCACCGAGCGGAGCCUCCUGCAGGAGGACGAGAUUUGGAAUGCAUUAACAGAUAAUUAUGGUAAUGUGAUGCCAGUAGAUUGGAAGUCAUCCCAUACCAGAACUUUGCAUUUGCUCACCUUGAACCUCUCUGAAAAGGGGAUAAAUGACAAUUUGAUUCUUGAUACUUCAGAUGAUGAAGAGUUAAGGGAACAACUGGAUAUGCAUUCGAUUAUAGUCUCCUGCAUCAAUGAUGAACCACUUUUCACAGCAGAUCAGGUUAUUGAAGAGAUAGAAGAAAUGAUGCAAGAAUCACCUGAUCCAGAAGAUGAUGAAACCCCCACACAGUCAGACCGUCUCUCCAUGCUUUCCCAGGAAAUUCAAACCCUUAAGAGAUCUAGUACGAGCAGUUAUGAGGAGAGGGUAAAAAGGCUCUCAGCGAGUGAAUUAAAUGAACUACUAGAAGAGAUUGAGACUGCCACCAAGGAUUAUUCUGAAGAGUUGGUUCAGCAGUUGGCUCUUCGAGAUGAACUAGAGUUUGAAAAGGAAGUGAAAAACAGCUUUAUUUCUGUUCUUAUUGAAGUUCAAAACAAACAGAAGGAACAUAAAGAAACGGCAAAAAAGAAGAAGAAACUGAAAAAUAGCAGCCCACAGAAUGGCAAAAAUGAGAAAAGUCAUAUGCCUGGAACACGCUUCAGCAUGGAAGGGAUCUCAAAUGUCAUUCAGAAUGGCUUCCGCCACACCUUUGGGAAUUCGGGUGGAGAGAAACAGUACUUGACGACAGUCAUUCCAUAUGAAAAAAAAAAUGGACCACCUUCUGUUGAAGAUCUUCAAAUAUUAACAAAAAUCCUUCAUGCUAUGAAGGAGGACAGUGACAAAGUUCCAAGUUUGCUAACAGAUUACAUUCUGAAAGCAUUGGUAUGAAAGCUGGAUUGUUCUGAGUUCUGUGCCCUACAUAGAAGAGCAGCACUUCACCUUCUUCAAACAACAAGCUAAAUCACUGUUAGCAUUAUCCCAAAAGCUUGUCUGUAUUUACCUCCCAGCAAUGGAAACUACAGCACUCCAGCACAUGAUAAGCUUCAGUAUUAAUAGGCAGUGGCUCCACUCAUACCUUGUUUUGAACCAAGAGAAAUUUUGAAUCAUGAACAUUAUUUUUGUUUUUGCUAAUCUAAUCUAUUAACAGUUAUAAACUAUCCCCUUGCCUUGAGGAAGGCAGAAUAACAUUAAUUUUGCAGUUCCCUUUUAAUUGACUUAGAUUAAGACUGAAUUUUUAUUGGUUUCUGGAACUCAACUGCACUGAAAAAUCAAGCCUCAAAUGUUGAGAAAUGUAAUCUGUGUUCUUCAGUGACAUUGGGAGCUAAAAUCAAGCUAUGCUUUCCUUUUAGGUAGUACUUGGUGAAUGCCAACAAUCAUGCUAUUGGAGAUAAUUGUAUAGUUUGCUAUUUGUUUUUAACCAGUUGUUUAUUUUUAAUAUUUAAUAGCCAUUUGUUUCCAGUAAUACUUCAUUUCUUUUAAAUGUUUUCUUCCAUGUGAUUCUAUUUGAAUUGUUUGGAAAUGCACUUUAAGAGGAGUUCUCAUCCUUUGUGGUGCUGGAGAAAUGAUAUACUACAGUAUUGCCCUUGUCUCUUCCAAUGUGGUAUGAUGGUAUUUAUAGUCAUAUUUUCUUAAAGCAUUAAUUCUACUCAUGGAUUUAUCACGAAUCCAGAAAACACGUUUGCCAGUCUGAUCAAGCCAAUGUCAUGUAAUAAAUGUUUUAAAAAAAGAACAACUAUUGUAAAAUAUUUUCAAAUGUCUUAUUGCAAAAAUUCAAACUCAGACUUUCUGAUGA